AGAGUGAAAUCUCUCACCCUCCACUCCCACUUUCUCUCCAUAAUUAUAUUAUAAAUUAUACAUAUAGGCCUACAUAUAUUCUAUAUAUAGAUGCAUGUAUAAUCCUCUUUAAAAUAUUUAGCUAUCAAAAAAUUGCUUUUUAGCUUUCUAAAUGUAUGUAUAGACACAAGUGAGAUUUCUGAGCUUUCUUUAAGUACUCUCAUCCCCAGAGAAGAAGAUCAUAAUUACUUGGAGCAGAGUCUAAUAAUGCCUACUAUUGCUAAACAUGAUGACCGGCAGCUGGAGACUGGGCUGCGAAUUACUUCACAAUCAACUACCCAAAUGCAACCAUGGUGGCAGGGUUAUGGUGAUAAUACGAUGUCUUUGGUCAGUGAAAAUACUGUUGCCCAGGGGAAUGCUGAAGGUGGCAAUGAGGAAAAAGAAACAAAUGCUCAAGCCACAGAAUCUGGAUCAAAAGGAAAUAACGUGCAAUACAAGCAGCAUCUCAAGCAUAUUACAUCCACAACUGUCACCAUCAUGGGUGAGCAGCAGAAGGAACUCACAGGUCAUUCAGCUAUGUUGACGUCAUAUCCAUAUCCAGAUCUGCAGUAUGGCGGAAUGAUGACUUACGGGGCACCUGUACAUCCUCACUUAUUUGAAAUUCAUCAUGCUCGAAUGCCUUUGCCUCUUGACAUGGAAGAGGAACCUGUCUUCGUGAAUGCAAAACAGUACCAUGGAAUUUUAAGGCGAAGACAGAUAAGAGCUAAAGCAGAGCUGGAAAAGAAAGCUAUUAAAGCGAGAAAGCCAUAUUUGCACGAAUCUCGGCAUCAACACGCUAUGAGAAGGGCAAGGGGAACUGGGGGCCGUUUCCUGAAUACUAAAAAGCUCAAUGACAUGGACUGUAUAACAGACGAGGCCAAAAAAUAUGGAGCGACUAUUCCAACUCACUCUGGCAACUCGUCAGGUUCUGGUAGUUCUGAUCAACGGGAAAAGGAAGGAUCCACAGUUCAAGACAUGCAUAAAGGACAGAGAAGUUUCUCAACUGGCAAUGGCCAUGGUUCAUCUGUGUAUUUUUCCCAGUACGCUGGAAAUGAGCAACAGAAUGGCCAUUAUAGUCAUGGAAGUUGGAGCCUGCUUGUCAGCCAGGCUUCUCGUGGGGCAGCAUCCAACAAUUAAGACGCUACUCUCCAGUGAUGGAGGGGUUAGCCCAGCAUUUGCUCGUGCCAUGGUUCCAUUUCUUGCAUCGUUUGUGCUUUUAAGUUUAGCUGCACCGACACCCACUGACAUGCGAGGUAACUUCACUGUGGUAUGGCUAUAUGCUCAGGCAAUUCAUUCUUGGCUUGGUUACUUGUACUUGAUGACACGAUGGGGAAGAAAGCUUAUGUGGCGAGUAUGAUAUGUUACAAUUUCGCCAUUUAUUUAUCUUUCCCCUCACCCUUUAUGUAAAUAAAGAAAAAUAUAUGUCAGACUGUAGGAUUAGAAGCAGUUUGGAAAAUCUGAUACUACAAAUUACUGCAGCAUCUUGAAUGUGUGGCUAUUUGUUGGGUGGGUUUGUUUGUACGUUGACAUACUAUGAAGUUGUUGCUUUUGUGCUGUUUGCUUGAUAUUCCAAUGAGGAUUUGCAAUCCUCUCGACCCUUUGAAACA